AUGAAGCUCACCGCCGCCUUCCUGGUGCUCUGUGUGGCUCUGUUGAGCCAUCCUGCGGCCACUUUCUUCGUGGACACAGUGGCCAAGCCUGUGGCCUCAGCUCUGACCAACCUCAAGCCUGCUGUGGAGGCUGGGGCAGAGGCCCUGGCCGGGGCAGGAGACCUGGUUGAGACAGCAGCCAUGGCUGGGGCUGGGCCCAUAGGCAACCCCCUUCUCCAAGGCUUCAGCCCCCUGAAGUUCAUCCUGAACAUCCUGGGGGUCCCAGUGAAACAUCUCAUGGAGGGUUCCAGGAAGUAUGCGGCCGAGCUGAGCCCUGAGGCCGUGGGGGCCAUGAAGUCUCUGCUGGGGGCCCUGACGUACCUUGGCUGAGCCGAGGCUGGAGGAUCUCUGCCUGGGGACAAGGUGCUGCCAUCUGCAGGUUGGGGACCUGCUGCCCAGC